CUUUAAUUAACAGAUAUUAGACUCUAACUUCAGUAAAGGACUUCAGAGCUCGCUUCAGCCUCUGCUGGUGAUGUCAGACGGCGGCUGGGUCAUGGGGAGGUCAGCAGCAGAGGAGGUUCACAGAGAGUUCAGUCGCAUACAUUAGGUAACACCAUCGCUCGCUCUGACAUAACUAGUAUGAAGCAGGUUGAGUUGAGACAUUCGUCAAUAAAGAAGAGAUAAGAGGAAGAAGUCUUGGGACAAACUUUGUUAUGCAAAACCAUACAGACCUGGAUGAGUUUACGCACGCGCUCGCUCUCUGUCUGCGCGCUGCAGUCUGACGAGCGUCAACAAACAAUCUCUGAGCGCUUCGAGAAGAUCAUCUAGGACUGCUGUUUCUCAUCGCACACGCCUCCCUGAAUGUACAACAGGCAUGUUUCCCUGCUAAAAGUAACCCGUGAAAUCUGUCAUCAGAGAGAACCCGCCCCGCUGAGAGGACUUACCCAUGCGGACAUCAUCUCCAGACUGAGACUGCAUCAUGUUCGACUAUCUGGAAUUUCAAGCUUUCGGUCCGGGAGAAAUCAUGGAUUUCUACACCACAUCCAGCCCUGCAUGCAUGUUGCAGAAGCAGGACCAUGAGGAUUUGGCAGACUACUUCCCCGAGCUGAUGGAGGCAGACUGGCAGCAGCACCGGUGCUCGCAGUCGGUGGGCAGCCAGAGCUCCAGCUCCAGCUCAGACGACCUGUUCGCCAGCCCCUCCUCCCCGCCUCCUCCUCCUCGCACUUACAAGCCUUGUUUUGUGUGUCAAGACAAGUCCUCGGGCUACCACUACGGCGUCAGCGCCUGUGAGGGCUGCAAGGGCUUCUUCCGCCGCAGCGUGCAGAAAAACAUGCUGUACACCUGCCACCGGGACAGAAACUGCAUCAUCAACAAGAUCACCAGGAACCGCUGCCAGUACUGCCGCCUGCAGAGGUGCUUCGCUGCGGGAAUGUCCAAGGAGUCUGUGAGGAAUGACAGGAACGGGCGUAAGGCGAAGAAGGAAGCGGUGAAGAUGACGAUCAUGGAGACGUACGAGCUGACGGCGGAGCUCGGGCUGAUCGUGGAGAAGAUCUGCAGAGCGCACAGAGAGACCUUCCCCUCUCUGUGCCAGCUGGGAAAAUACACCACAAACUCCAGCUCAGACCACAGGAUCCAGCUGGACCUCGGGUUGUGGGACAAGUUCAGCGAGCUGGCCACUAAGUGCAUCAUCAAGGUGGUGGAGUUUGCGAAGCGGGUGCCUGGAUUCACCGGCCUGACCAUGGCUGACCAGAUCACCCUGCUCAGAACUGCCUGCCUGGACAUCCUGAUCUUGAGGAUUUGCACUCGCUACACUCCGGACCAGGACACCAUGACUUUUUCAGACGGGCUGACCCUGACUCGUACUCAGAUCCACAACGCUGGAUUCGGACCGCUGACUGAUCAGGUUUUCACGUUCGCCGGCCAGCUGCUGCCUCUGCAGAUGGACGACACUGAGAGCGGACUCCUCAGCGCCAUUUGUCUGGUCUCUGGAGACCGUCAGGAUCUAGAGGAGCCGUCGAAGGUGGAGGUGCUGCAGGAGCCGCUGCUGGAGGCGCUGAAGAUUUACUCCCGCAAACGACGGCCCAGCAUGCCGCUUAUGUUCCCCAAAGCCCUGAUGAAGAUCACUGACCUGCGCAGCAUCAGCGCCAAAGGAGCUGAGCGGGUGGUGACUCUGAAGAUGGAGAUCCCGGGCUCCAUGCCUCCUCUGAUCGAGGAGAUGUUGGAGGAUCUACAGAACGACCUGGAGAGCGACCAGAACAAACACUCUGACACACCGACUCCUCUCAGCACAUGAAACGCUCUGAAGGUUUCCUCUGAAGCUGCUCAAAGAACACUCGGUCUCUUUCCCUCCUGGAGGAAACACCAACAACAACUUACAGCUGUGGUCCGGAGGGUUUCCAGUGUCUUACCUCAGAGAGUGGUCGGAGGAGUGUGAGUGAAUAUUCACAGAUUGUUUUAAAAAGAAAGGGAGAGGUUCAGUGUUACACUAAUGACUAAGCUGAUAAAAAAAGAGAGCUAAUUUCUGAGUUCUGCUUUGAGGAAGGAAUGAUGUCAGUUUCAUUUCCAACUUCCUCUUUGCAGGCUCACUAUAACCACUACAACUUCUCUGUUUCAGGUUCUUCCUGUAUUUAUAUUUGCAUGAGAUAUCACAUGGAUUUAUUUUACCUCAUAAAAUAACAAGGUCUUUAACUUUAGUGUAAGAAAAGUUAGGUUUUUAUCACCUUUCUACGUCUGUUUUCUGUACAUGUAAAGAUGAAAGCUCUGAACUAACUGAUCAUAUUUAGAGAAAUAAGCAGAUUUAUAUUUACAAAAGGGAAAUUUAAAAUGAUAUAACUAUCACACAUAAAGGUUAAUACUGAUAAAAAGAAAAGUCAUAGACAUAAAAGAUGAGUUCACAAAGGAGGAGGAGAACAUAAGAACACAGGGAGGCAUUUAAAGGAGCAGUGCAGCUGAGUCAGAGGAGAAAAUCUGUAUUACUGACACGUCAAUAUGAAGCCACUGAUUUAUUGUACAUUUUAUAAAACACACUCUGUAGUUUAUAACCUGUGAGCUGUGAACUCGUGAAUCUUCAUUUUCCAUCAUCCAUGUGAGGUGGAUUUAAGAGUCCAGCUCAUGCAGAAACAAAAUCUUCAUCAGUGUUAACUUGAGUCUGUUUCAUAACCAGCUAAAAGCUCCUCACUGAAUCAGCUUUGAUCAGCAUUGACUACAUUUAUUUAAGCAUAAAAAGCUCCCUCCAGCAGUGACUGAGAGUGCCGCUGUUUAUUCUUCAUUACAAGUUCAACAAAAGACGGCUGAGGCCAAAGGAACACGUGAAGACGAUGUGCAUCAAUGAUUCAAUGUGUUCUUUCAUAGUUUUGAUGUCUUCAGUAUUAAUCUACAGCGUUUCAAAUACUUAAAAUAAAUACAAACCCUUGAAUGAGAAGGUGUUUCCAAACUUUUGACUGGUAGUGUACAUUGACAUUCCAAUAAAGGCAACAUGCCUGUGAAGUUUAACUUUUUGCACCAUUACACUUACAGGCAACUAGUCAUCAUAUCUUCUGCUCCAUGAAACACGUUAAUGCUCAGUAGUACACAUAUAUGUCCUUUAAUGUAUUUGAUUGUACAGAAAUGCAUUCAUUUUCAAUGGGCAUGAAUGUGUCUGAAACAAGUGCAACCCAAAUAUUCGACAUUAACAUAUUAAUAUAACAUUAUAGUCAUUAUGGCCUCUAGAAACAUGUGUAUUUUGGGAGGUGGGGUCAUGCACUAUAGGCCCCUGUGGUGCAGCCUAAGCUUUUGUCCUUAAUGGCAUUUUGUUCCCCCUUACAUUACUUUUACUUUUACACUUUAAGUAGUUUUGAAACCAGUACUUUUACACUUGUACUUGAGUAAAAAGCUUGAGUUGACACUUCAACUUCUACAGAAGUCUUUUUAAACCCUAGUAUCUCUACUUCUACUUGAGUAAUGAAUGUGAACACUUUUGACACCUCUGAUGUGAUGCUAACCUUUUAAAGGAUUUUCAAAAAAGUUUAUUUCCCACAACUAUUCCUGAAGCAACGUGCUGUUCUCAGAGGUUUCAGGGUGGGAAAUCAAACUCCUCCACACUCAGCUUCAAACCUACUUCAUUAUUCUGCAGUAUCAAAUAUGUAAUACGAAUCUAUACAUUCAUUACCCGGCUUUCUUACUGAUCUUCUGGUUGUGUAAGAAGCUUGAAUCUGAUUGGUCAAAAUCCCUUGACAAACCCUGGUAACAUUCACUAACAUGAGCAACACCAGAGUCAAACUGAUCGCAUGCAUUCAUGUCAAAACAAUCCCCUGAUAAGAGUUCCAUCACAUUUAACAGGCAGAUAAGAAUCCAUCACCAUGGACCGCUAACUGAUGUGGAAUCACUGGGAUCAUUUUAAAUCAAUAAGAUAAUAUUGUAAUCAAUGUUUUUGACAAUGAGCUUGUAUUUUAAGUUAGUGGCCGGGUAAUAAGCAGGAUAAUGUAUGGUAAGCAGGUUGUUAUGGGAAAAAGAAUCCAAUUAAAUUCCAUUUUUUCAAUUCAAUUUGCUUUAUUGGCAUGAACAAAGACAUGUUGUUGCCAAAGCACAUAAGAUUUAUACACAUACAUUACAUAUAUAUUCAUUACAUAUUAUAUAUAUUACAUAAGAAUCCGGACAAGGUGAGACAAGACACCGACAUGAACCAUACAUUAUCCCUUACGUAUCAAAUAUAUAAUACGAAUCUAUACAUUGUAAGGAAUCUAAUACACAGCAUUAUUAUUAUUCCAUGUUGAUACUGAUACUUUUUCUUUUUGUUCCUCAUUUAAAAAAAGUUUUUUAAGAAUAUGUUUACAGAAAUAACUUUUGUUUUUCAUUUUACAAAACCAUACACUUCAUGAAAGGCACCAGAGUACAACACUUUGUACUGCAUACUUAAUUCAAAACAAUGGAAGCUCUAAGCAGAUAUGCAGCAAGUUAGCUUCUGUUGUGUGAAUUAUUCAGGUCAUUGCAGACGUGUUAAGGCUGAUUUAUACUUCUGCGUCUCCCCUACGCAGCAGGGGCUGACGCGGACAUGAGCCCCACAUACUUGUGCGUCGGUGUGCGCAGCAAUUCUCCGCCGAAACGCUUGAGGGCAGUGCGGUCUCUCUGAUAGCCGGUCGCCUGCUUCCGGUCCCGCUACGAUCUCUGUUUACUUUUCCACAGAGAUUCAGAGCGUGUUAUGUUAAUCUACAGCUGAUACAUGUUGCUGUUUAUCAUACAGACAUGAUUACAUGAAGAAUAGAGAGGAGGAGAUGAAAUACACAUGUCCGGGAUCCCGGAAGUGCUGUAAAUGCGGGAAAGACAAAGCCGCCGAGCGGACCAAUCACAGAGCUUGCGGUCCGCGUCGGUUCUACGGGGAGUUACAUUUUGGAGGAGGUGCACGUCAGCUACGUGCGUAGGCCUCGGCGUAGGUACGGGAGCUACGCGGACCCCCGGCGUAGGGUACGCCGUUGAUUCAACGCAGAAGUAUAAAUCAGCCUGCGUCAGCCCUACGCAGCAGGGGCUGACGCAGACAUGAGCUCCACAUACUUGUGCGUCGGUGUGUCUGUGUCGCGUAGCAAUUCGCCUCUGAAACGCCUGAGGGCAGUGCGGUCUCUCUGAUAGCCGGUCGCCUGUUUCCGGUCCCGUUACGAUCUCUGUUUACUUUUCCACAGCGAUUCAGAUCGUGUUAUGUUAAUCUACAGCUGAUACAUGUUGCUGUUUAUCAUACAGACAUGAUUACAUGAAGAAUAGAGAGGAGGAGAUGAAAUACACGGACGAUGUGCGGCCGAUGUCCGGGAUCCUGGAAGUGCUGUAAAUGCGGGAAAGACAAAGCCGCCGAGCGGACCAAUCACAGAGCUUGCGGUCCGCGUCGGCUCUACAGGGAGUUACAUUUUGGAGGAGGUGCAUGUCAGCUACGUGCGUAGGCCUCGGCGUAGGUACGGGAGCUACGCGGACCCCCGGCGUAGGGUACGCCGUUGAUUCAACACAGAAGUAUAAAUCAGCCUUUAGCCUUACUGUCACUGUAGACUCAGGAGAAGUGGGCUUGUUUGCUCCUGAUCAUGAUUUUCUGGUGAUUAAGAAAACAAAACAGUAAGCUGGUCACCGAUGAGGAAUGUUCAACCGAAGUUACAAAAUUUGACAAGAUCUCGAGAGAAAAGAUAAGAUAAGAUAAGAGAGUCCUUUACUCGUCCCACAACGGGGAAAUUUCAAGUGUCACCAUAGCAAAGUAGACAGUGCAAAGAAAAUAUAAAGCAAACAAGAGCCUAUAAAAUAUCAAUUAUUAAAAAGUUAUUAGCUCUUAAAAUUAAAAUUAAAGAGGUAAAAAAUAAACAUAUCUUACAACAUAUAUAUAUUAUUGAUUAUAAAGUCUGACCACGACAAACAACUUAGAUUUACUUGUUAUCACAGAAAAAAAUAAGUAAAUAAAAUGUACAGAUUCAUGUCCGCUCAGGGCUUCCAUACAAAACAGAAGACUUCAAACAAACACUGAUUAAAAAUCUCUCUAUCCUCUGAUCAGGAGGGAAAGAAAUACAAGAAUAAAGGUCUAAUGUUUGACAAAGCGUCUCACAGCAGCUCUGUCUCAUUGUUAGCAAAUCUGAAAUUAAGAGGACAUCUGUGCCUGAAAUCUAACCCCUCCAUGAAACACAAAGAUGUUUUUUUAUAUGUUUAAAAUAUUCUAUGUGUACUGUAAGAACUCAUGUGCCUACAUCUUCCAUAAGUGGAACUUUUUCAUGUUGUACAAAAGUAUUAAACCUGGAACAGAUCACUUUUCAUACGUUUUGUUGGUCCAUUAAAGUUUUGUGUACUGGA